AUGGAAGAACAAAAAGUUAGUGUAGUACUCUUUGGCUAUCUUAAUUGCGGUAAAACUACUUUCCUCAACCUACUUCAGUCUCUCCCAUUUGAUAAACAAUAUAAUCCAUCAUCAGAUAAGGAAACCACAGAUAUUAAACUUCAAUAUGAAAAUGUUACUGUUCAAACAACAAUAACUGAGUUCAGUGGAAAUGCAUUUACCUGUAGCAAUAAUUUAAGAAGUAUUGAUUAUGGUAAAAUGGGUACAAUUCAUAUUUUCUUUAUUGCACAAGAUGAUGAAGCAACACUCAACUUCUUUGAUGGCUUUUCAAGAAGUCCAAAUUAUGCUUUUUGUCAAACAGAAAUAAUGGUUUUGGUUGUUACCAAAGUAGACCAAAAAGAAGGAAGAGAAAGAAAUAUUCAAAUACAAGAAACUGCAAAAGAAAAUGAUGCUCUUUAUUAUGAAGUAUCUAUGAAAGAAGAUCCUGCUCAAGUUAAAGUAAUAAUGAAUGAAAUUCUCAGAAAAUAUUUUGAACAACAAGAAGAUUUAAUGUCAUUAUCUUUUACUUCUUUUGACUCACUAGUAUCUUGUAGAAAAGGAUUAAAACAUAAUCUACAAUCUGAAAGAAAGUUGCCCUCACAAAAGAAAAUCAAAAACAAAAAAGUAAAAACAAAAAAAUGCAUUUUGUUGUAA